CAUGUUUAGCUGCUUUGUUGUAGAUUCCUUGUAGGUUUCCUGCAGAUUUUAGCUCAAGUGUUGCAAUGGAACCGAGCUGGAGUACGUUUUUAUUUCAACAGGCCAAUGAGGCUCUUCAUCACCAACACCAAGUAGCUGGAAACAGCCUCUUGCCUCUGCUCAAUUCUGGGACAGAGCCACCUGAUCAGAAACCAGUGCUGCCAAUCCCAUUGGACCAGAAACCACCUGUGAGUGCUGCAGAACUUCUUAAAGACAAUGUGGCCAGUGGGACUGUUGGUGGAGUGGCUCCAAUUGCUGUGGUCAAAAAAGAACCUAAAUCAAAGACACCCUUCAUCUGUGGUUACUGCAACAAAGCUUUCCGGGACAGCUACCACCUGCGAAGGCAUGAGUCUUGCCACACUGGCAUUAAAAUGGUUUCCCGGCCAAAGAAGGCACAAACUGCCCCUACUAUGGUGCCUUUCAUAUCCACUGUACCACGUGAGAAUAGUGGAAAUCCAUCAUACAUAACUACUGUAGCUGCUGGUAUCCUGACUACAGCAACGACAUCAGCAUCCACAGGCACUAGCGUCAUGACACCAAUGCAACACCAACAGCAGCAGAGCAUCCCUAAAAAGCCUCCCAAGCCAGUGAAAAAGAACCAUGGUUGUGACAUGUGUGGUAAAGCCUUCAGAGAUGUGUACCAUCUUAAUCGCCACAAGCUGUCACACUCAGAUGAGAAGCCGUUUGAAUGUCCCAUCUGCCAGCAGAGGUUUAAGAGGAAGGAUCGCAUGACAUACCAUGUCCGCUCCCAUGAUGGCGGAGUUCACAAGCCCUACAUCUGUUCUGUCUGUGGGAAGGGUUUCUCCAGACCUGAUCACCUAAGCUGUCAUGUUAAGCACGUCCAUUCCUCAGAGAGGCCAUUUAAGUGCCAAGUAACGGCCUGUACCUCCGCCUUUGCUACCAAAGACCGUCUGCGAUCCCACAUGAUCAGGCAUGAAGGCAAAGUGACCUGCAACAUCUGUGGCAAAAUGCUAAGUGCUGCCUACAUCACAAGUCACCUCAAGACACACGGCCAGGCUAGCUUCAACACCCCAUGUAACAAUAAAGGCAUAAGUGACUGGCAGUGGAACCACUCAGGGCCACGAAAAGGUGAGUUGACGGUAGGAGAGAUUUUAAAUAACUCCUUCCAAGUCCUAAUUGACAACUCUCAUAAAGAUGCCAACAACGUGCACAACAACUCUGCCACCACGACGUCAGUCUCCAACUCUGCAGCCAUCACCUCUGCUGUGAACCGUGGUGGCAGUGCCAGCAAUCCUGUUACCAUCACUGCUCAGAUUAACACUGCCACCAGCACAGUCAAUAUUACAUCUCCAGUUAGCCUGCAGCAACCUGUCACCAUCACUGGCCCUGUGAACCUGGCCUCUGUCGGAAUCCCUACCACAGCGCACAUGAAUAUUGCCCACCCGGUAGCUAUCACCACUAAUAUGCCCAUGAAUAUAGCUGGGCCACUCAAUAUUACCAUGAGGCCCAUGGAGAGUAUGCCCUUUCUAUCCCAGGUUCUGCCAUCUUCCCCUCCUUGGUAGAAUUUUUAGGCCUCAUGUAACAGCUAAUAAUGUUUUAACUGCCUAAUAACGGAUAAAGCCAUUAGAUAUUAGUAAUGUCACCCUCUAAAUGGGUUGAUAGUGUAUUAGGCAUAAAGAGGUGAACUAAUGUGUCACGUAGAUAGUAAGCAAUGAAUGUUACUUACAGAGGUCAUUAUUGCAACAUGAUAUGGUUAUUAUGAAUUUUAUUUGUAGUUAUAGAAAAUACCUAUUUUUAUACCCUUAUAAUUGUAGGAAAUUAAUUAAUCAGAGUACUAGCAUGUACAUAGCGUGUGAGAUAGAGUUUGCAGCCCGUUAGAACGAUGGUCACAGUAUCGAUGGGCUGUAUUGAUAAACUCUUCUUUCAUAGUAUAUAUAUUUUUUAUUUUAUGUGUUUUAAUUUAGGACAUUUUUAGAUAUGUAUUAAUAGAGAAGGUUUUAUUGAUUGUGAGUUUGUUUUGCCUACUUCAGUGAGCCUGAAAAACCAAAGUACUACAUCAUAUUGAUGCAAACAUCUGUAAAUCCAAUAAUAUGCCUAUUGAUAAGUGGUUGUCUUACCUAUUAUUUGGGUUCCUGAAGGCAGAGCCAGUCUCACAUGUCCAUGUUUUACACAGCUGUUAUUACCUGCUUUCACUCUCAUGCUCAAAUAAUUCCAAUUUGUCACCUCUUGACUGUUUUAAAUACCUGAAUGUCAAAGGCUGCAGAGCAUUUUAGAUCACUUCUACCAGAUAACUCGUGAUCCCAUAGCUUGGCAGAAGUGGAAAUAAGUUUAAGCCAAAGAAUUUUUUUAAAUGCAGUGUUGCCCAUGAAUGAUAUUUUGAAAGAGUCGGGAAAAUCUUUAGCCAACAUUUUACACUGUCAUUUUUUUUUUUCUUCUGAAAACCAGAGGACUGAAUUUGUUGCCUUUGGAGAGACUAAUUUUUACAGUAGAUAUGAACAUGACCCAAUUACGCUCAAAGGUUUCCAGUACCCAAUAUAUAGCUUAAUUAUGAAUUCUCAUUUUUGCACCAUUUUAAUAUUUGACAAUGUGUAUAUUAAUGGUAAAUUGUUGUAUUACUCACAGUUCAUCAUAUGAACAGUUUUAAUUACCCUUUCAAACCAAAAAGUAGUUUCUUUCACUUGAACAUGGUUUUAAAUUAUUGGGCAGUUAUUACACUUCGAGCUGUUUCAUGUUAAAUUACUUUGUAUUUAUCCCCAAACGUGAGUAAUUUUACUGUAACGGAGAGCAAACUCAUUGAAGAAGUGUUAACAGGAAAUUCAGUAUACUGUAGGGGGGGCCUUAUUUUCAUAUCCUUUGAUUUCUGUUUAAUAAGACCGACAGCGUACUUUCUGCAACUGGGCAUCUGGCUUAAAAUAUGGCUAAUGUGUGAUCAUAUACUGUUAUUUAGGAAAAGCCUAAAUAAUUGUGUUGCUGGAAUUUGUUCUGAAAUGCUUCAUAUUAUGGAAAGGUUUGUCCUUUUUUUUUUGUCAUUCAUUUUAGUGAACUUGUCAGUAUUUAAUAGCUCAUGUGAUUUUAAGUUUAAAAAGUGGGAGGAUGUUUAGAUCCAUCAGCUGUCAAUCCCCCCAAAUCUAUAUUUUAAAGCUGCUGGAAACGCAGUCACUGCUUACAUCUGGAUACAUCUGGAUCUGGAAGUUUUUUGUAUGUAUUGGGACAGAACAGGUGAAGGUACAGCUUCCUGGGAAAAAAUGCCCCCUAGGUUUUGCCCCUUUAAAAUAGCGGUAUUAUCAAAGGUCAAACAUUAAAUUUUGAAUUGUGAUUACUGAAGACUUUUUAAAUGUAGAAGUCAAAAGAAGUUUAAAUAUAGCAGUCCCAAAGUUUUUGUGGCGUGUUCAGUUGGUUUGAUUUAGCAGAUACAGGAUUUUACACUGACCUUUGUCUUGUUUUCUCUGUUUGUUUGGGUUCUUUUUUCUUUAUGACUAUAAAACACUAUUUUAUUACCUGUUGUAGCUGAAGCCUCUCUGCUAGCUACAGGUUAUCAGUGCUAGAACUUCAUCAACACUGAUGUCGCUGUCCAACCUGGAGAGGACAGAGAAAUGAGGAGUCUUAAACAUAAGGCUGGUGUCACUUUAUUUUUUAUUAUCAGAAAAGUCCCAUCAACAGGCAGAACAAAUGUCCAUAAACAUUUGGACAGUGAUGCAGUUUUUGUAAUUUUGCCUUUGUACACCAUCCCACUGGAUUAUUGACUAUAGGAUGAUUAUAAUCAAUAUGUGAUCGAAGUACAGACUUACAACUUUACUCUUUAUUAGGAUAAAACUAUUAGUUUUAUGUUGGACAGCUAAAACGAAGGUUAUCUUGUACCAGAAUGAUGGGGAGAGAGGACAGCUGAACGAAAACAGAAAAUCUGCAUCUUAAUCACAUCUUGGUUCUUUGUUUCAAAUUCUAGUGUGGAGGUUUGAGGGCAGCAUUACAAAAAAGCCUCAUUGUUCAAAUGCUCGUUGACCUAACUGCAGCUUAUCCCUGCAAUAUUGUUCAAAUUCAGAAAUGGGAGGAGCCAUAUCAUUGACUUAAAUGACGCGUCCUCAGUGAGCUCAGUACUGUGUUGUCUGUUCCUCUAAGAUUGCCAAAGUGGGGAAACAGCUAAAGUACGAUGCUGUUUGUAUGUUUUCCACUCCAGAUGGUGCUACUAAUCAGAGACUGAACAUAAAGCCACUCAAUACUUCUAGAAUAAUCACUUCAUGUAAUAUUUUCACUGAAAGAACAUGGCACCCAGUGCAGUAGGAUAGAAGGUCUUGUUUGUAUUUCCAUGAGCUGUGGCACAGUGUUAGUAUCAAACUGUAACUGCACAGAUCAGACCUGUAGCAGGGAAAUCUUCUUGAUGCUUGUAGUUUGUUUAGGAACAAUAUCUGUUAUUAGAAAGGGACAACUUAACUCCAGCUUUAUUUUUGCUUUAAAGCAUUUUUCUCUGUAUGUUUUUCUAUUUUUUCUUCGUCUCACCCUGGAUAAUUGGGUAAUUAACAAAGAAGACUGCAUUUCCCACUCAAAGCCUAGCUGUAAGUAAAAGAGCAGGAUGCUGGGUUAAAGCUCGGUGACAGUCUGCAGCCGUGGGCCCACAGUAUCUACUCACUAGACCCGAUAAGUUACAAGCUGAUGACUAAAUGUUUACAUACUGUUUUCCUGCAGAUUCAGUCAUUUCAUUUUCAUUCAUGCCCCCCCUCCCAGCAGGAACAGGUUUACAGAGCACAUUACAUCUAGAGAUGUCUGCAUGAUUGUUUGAGAGGGUGAACAUGUUAAGCCUUGUGGACCUUGCUUGCACACUGUCCCACGGUUCCCUGAUUGUGUAUCUUGAGAAACAUGAAUACAGUUUGUAGAUACAGAGUCUGGUUGUAGUUUCACCUCUUUACAGAGCAGAAACUCUGUAGCUCUAGCAGUAAACAGUAGGAUGUGCACACUACAGAAUAAUGGUACAUACAAGGGCAUUUCACUUUGGUGGAAUUGAACAAUGACUGCCCUUGCCAUUUCACCUGGCACAUCUGUAUAUUGGCAGGCCAGAUGUUUAGCUCAUUAAUUUCAUUUUCUGUAUGCUAACACAGUCCAGCAAGGGAGGUGGUCUAAUGUCAGAUGGCAUUGUUUGUUGAAAAUGUAUUUCCCAUCUUUUUUUUCUUUCUUUCAGUGUUGCAUGUGGAUGAUGGAGCUUCUCCAUUGUAGGUUUGAGCUAAUUAGAAGGGUGAAGACUUCUUAUAAAAAUAAAACACUAAAAAAAAACAAAAAAAACAAAAAUAGGAUGAAAGCUAAAUAUGUGGUGUCAUUUGUCCUUCUUUAGUGGCUGUUAACAAGUGUGCCUAAAAUACUUUACAAGACUUUUCUCACACAUUGAAACUUCCUCCUCUAGUUGAGCUGUGUGAGGGAAUAGUUUUGUGAAGGAAGCCUACAUUAGUUCAAACGGCUUCGGGCCCUGCAUGCCCAGUUAUUGGCUUUUUUAAAGCUAACAAUUGUGAACUUAGUGUUUUCUAUUUACAGAAUAACCUUGAAACACAAAUUUGAUUUAUCUUUCAAGAGCACACUCAUGAAAAUGUAUUGAUGACAUUUUUCCAUGUGGUUUCACUUUUUAAUUUGACUCCAACCUAAUAUGAAAAAAAAAUUUGUUUGGCCAAAUAAUGAUUUGAGUUUUGUUUUUUUUUGUUGUUGGUUUUUGUUUGGUUGGUUUGGUUUUCUUUUGUGAAGUGUGUAUGUUAAUUUGGCAGAUGUGAAGGCAAAUGAAUGUAUAUCUUUGUACAAACCAUUUAGUUCAGAGGACGUUAGUUAUGAUGCAAGGAAAAAAAUAACCUUUUAUAAAUCUUUUUUGUAUUAGAACAUUAACAGUGGUAAUUUUUGUAUAUAUGAAGGUUAGGCUUUCUGAUUAGCAGAAAGGUAAAACAUUCCUACAUUUUUUUAAAUGUAUGUCCAUUGAGAAUAAUUAUGUAAACAUAUUUGCAAUGUUUUAUGUGCCUUUUAUUUGGAUUUGUCUAAAUAAAAGAAAAGAAUAAAACUUGAUUGUAGACUGAUUGAGUCUCACAGAUGAACUUCAGUACUCACUAUCUUUGAUAAAUCUCUGAGGUGAUGCAGAUCUUCUAGAUCGGGGAAGCUGUACUGACUUCUGAUUUUUGUUGCUUUUACCAGCUUUAGUUGAGGUUUCUGAGACAUUAUUGUGGAACACACACACACACGUCUCUGGAUAUUUCUUCAGUAUUUUCAUUGGCUCACUGGUUCAGUUUGCUU